CUCAAGAAUCAAUGAAUCAUCACAGCCAAUUCUAAAAGCCCCACCCUCAAGAUUUCCUCUGUGUUUUUUUUCCUUCAAAACAAAGGGCUGUUAAUGGCGUUCUUGUUAUAAAUGGUGACAAUGUUUCGCUGUGGCCAAAAUUAUACUCCCCAGUCCCAAAUUAAUCUUCCAGUUUGAGGGUUAAACCUAUGGAAGUUCUUAAAGGAUCCCCAAGGGUCUCAUUGUCAUGUGGAGUGCCAUUCUCACCCAUGAGAAGCCCUACAUACAACAAGCUACCACAAGUGCCCAUCAAGCUCACUGUCCUUAAAUUGGAUGGAACUUCUUUUGAGAUCUAUGUAGUGAGGAACGGAACGGUGGCUGAGCUGAAAAUGGCAGUGGAGGCGGCGUUUAGUCAUUUGCCUAAGACUGGGCCAGGAAGAAUCUCAUGGGCAUAUGUGUGGGGAAGGUUUUGCUUGAGCUAUGAUGGGGAGAAGCUAUUGGCUGACUUGGAUUGUAUAAGAGAGUAUGGAAUCAAGGAUGGUGAUCAGCUUGAAUUCGCGCGACAUGUCUCAGUUAUUUACUCUGAAAAGUUGCCGCGAUCAGAAAGAGCAAGAACCAAGUUGGAUGAGCCAAAUAUAAAGGCAAUGGAGAUGGGCAGUUGAAAUGCAAAGGAGAAAAUGGGAAUAAGAAAAUGGGAAAGAUAGUGCACAAUAGAGUAACUGCUGUGAGUAAGAACUGCCAAUGCAGGUCACUUGUGGUUCUAAGAAAGUGGUUCUCAUACCUCAGAAACUCAAAACCAGUGGCCCCGAAGCGACUGAGGGAUCGAUACUCGGAGAGAAUAAAGGAUGGGCUCUUAUAAGUUCUUGAAAAAAGUAUUGUUUUUCUUCUGGGUUGAUAAACAUGAGGCUCAAAGAGAGUAGGAUUUUUGAGGAUCUCACAUCUAAAAUGUGACAUUGCACAUAAUAAACAACACUCAUUUAUGUUGUCUUUCAAAAUCUAAAUGUAAGUGUUGUAAAGAUCCCAACCACCAAAGCCCCUUUCAGAAUAAAUUGUUAAGAAGCAU